GGCCAUGUUUCAUUUUAAAUUUGCGUCCGCAUAUUUGUCAUUUUGAGUGUUUUAUUUAUUUGUUUCGUUUAAAAUAAGUGUUUUUGUUAUUUCCUCCAAAAAAUAUUAAACAGUUUUAACAAAUAACGGAUGCGACGCAUACCCAUGUACUGCUAUUCUAUUAAAAUUUUCGGAAUAUCAUAGUCAUAGUGAAAAAAAAGUUAACAAACAAGCCAUGGAUAUUCCAGAAUAUAACUGCGGAGUUCGCCAAGAAGAAAACAAAAAUCAUAAAUUAGCAAAUUCAUAUAUGAUUGCAGUGGACUCAGGAUUCGAAUCCAUAUACAAUGGCUGCACAUCUGUGCUCAUGGAAAAAAGUUUUAGCAGAGAAAGCUUUGACAUUUUCAGCCCAAACUCAACCAAUCGUUCCCCCAUUAAACAAUGCCACUCGGCCUUGAAAUAUCGCGUAUCUACACCAAAAAGUGCAUCCACCAAAAGGCAUUUAUACAGCUCCUUUUAUUCCAGUUCUCAAAAGCGAUCUAAAUCCGAAAACAACGAAAAUGAACCCAUGACUGUUGUUGACAGAAGCUACAAGCCUGAACACAUCAACGAUAGUGCUUGCACCCUCAAAGGAUUGCACAACAAUGGUUUUUCACCACUCAAAAAUAUACUCAGUUCCACAACAAAUUAUCAUCAACUAUCAUUUAUAAAUGAUUCUAGGUUAUCGACCUCGAAGCACUCAACUAGAUAUGAAGAAGAUGAACGUUUUGAACAACCAACUGUUCCCCAAAGGCCAUCAAAAUGUGUGAGAAACGUUGCUCCAUCGGGGAAGAACGUAAAGAGAAAGUUAGAUAUACCUUCAGUGGAUAACAAAGAGCCAGGAAGAAAAUUGUACUUCAAUGGAACCCGAUAUUUAAACAUCAUUGGUAAGCUGGAGCAAUAUCCCUUGACGCUUGAUGAGAUUUUCAGCAGGCUGAGCAGCAAAGAUCUUUUGAACGUGUCACUUGUAUCAAAAAAUUGGAAUUCAAUAGUGAAAUCCAAUCGGAAUGCCAACGCCAGAAUACUACAGUAUCUCAAUGAAUCGCGCAACUUUAAGGAGAAUCUCAAAGAACCUACAAAACCCGCCAUUAAUCUCAACAAACGACAUCCAUUUUCACAGUUCAAUAAUAUAUCUACCUCAAAGAAACCAGAAGACUCAUCAUAUAGUAGUAGUUUUUUUGAAAACCAGAAUGUUGUGCAACAUCUCUGCAAUAACGAGCGAUUGGUGAAGUGCCCACGUUGCAACAGAGGGAGCAUUAUAACUAAUUCGUUAUCUCGUUUGCAUUCAACUUCUUGCGUUUCUGUACCUACCAGUGACUUAACAUUAUUAAAUACAAAAUCUGACAGUAUUUGCGAUACAAAACUUCGAGAGAACAACAUUACUAAAGAGCUACCUCAGACCUCUGAAAACUAUGGUAUUUGUACUAGUGUAGCCUGCAAAUUUAUGUUCUGUCCAAAAUGCUUGUGUGAUUAUCAUCCCGGAAAGGGUUGUCAAAUAUCUGAACCCGAGUCUCCCUCGAAGCUUAUAAUAUGUCAUAAGAAAUUGAAGAUCGACAACAAAUCUAAAUUAAGCUCCAAACGUCAAUCGUUGAGAAGAUUAUGUUUUUCGUAAAAUCAAAAAACAACAUAUUUAAUUUUAAUUUUUAUACUCGUUCUAUGUAUGUAAUUUUGUCAUUUAAUUGAUUAAUUUUUUUUAAUAAACUUUUAUAUUCAAAAUA